UCACCGUGCUAGAGUGAAUCAUGACACAAUUACGGGCACCUGCACGCCACUAACAGUCACUACAAUUUACAGUUAAGGUCUUGUCAGACACUCAGAUCCUCGUCAGCCGUCAGUGUCAUUUCCCUCGCCGCUGUUUAACGAUUUGCCCGUCUCUCUCCGGCGCGCGGCAGGACGGAAUCGAGCGUGUGGUGGUGAAAGCCAAUUAGAAGCCGCUUGAGACAGCCGAGCGAGAUCCAGCAGCAGUGUACUAGUCUCCCUGUCUUUUAGUAGAACCAAGCCAAGAAUCAAUCAAUGGUUCCACCCACCGAACCGCCAAUCAUCCGUCGCCUAAUUCCGAGCUACAGAUCGGCUCGCUCCACUUGCGUCGGCAUCGCGUCCUCUGCACUCCACACUCUCUUCUACUGAGUGAAGGACAGCAAGGGAGCGAGCCAGGAAGGAGGAGAAUGCAGCAGCCGGCGCGGCGGCGGAGCCCGGGGGCCGGCGGGUGGGCAGCGGCGGCGGCCACCGUCGACGAGGCGUCCAUGGAGCGGAGCAAGAGCUUCAUCAAGGCAUUGCAGGAGCUCAAGAACCUGCGGCCGCAGCUCUACUCCGCCUCCGAGUACUGCGAGAAGUCCUACCUCCACGCCCAGCAGAAGCAGAUGGUGCUGGACAACCUGAAAGACUACGCGGUCCGGGCCGUCGUCAAUGCUGUCGAUCACCUGGGCACGGUCGCCUACAAGUUGACGGACCUGUUCGAGCAGCAGGCUUCGGAGAUCUCAGCCUUUGAGCUGAAGGUGGCACGGCUGAACCAGCAAAUCUUCACCUGCCAGAUCUACGUGGACAAAGAAGGUGCCAGACAGCAGCAAAUGAUGGGAGCAAACAUGAAGCACCACAAGCACUAUAUCCUGCCAUCUACUAGUUAUAAAAGAACCCAGGCUGUUGCACACCUGGGAACAGACACAAAUCAGGAAUCAAAGCCUAGACCUUACCCGUCAGCAAAGACACUUUCUUGGCAUCUGGCAUCAGAUAAUAGCCCUUCAGUAAAUGGUGCACAAAAACCUACAUUCAUCCUAGGUGACAAUAUAUCGUCUAAACCUGCAUCAGAUGGUUUGUUUCUUUUUGGGAAGGACUUGCCUGCUUCUCCCAUGCGCAAGCCUUUACAAUCGAAUCACAAUACCAGAUCUGACGUUACACAAAAAGGCAGCGCAAAGGAUCAGUCAGGCUUGAGGCAUAUGACGACAUUCAGUAAUUUCGAUGGCCCUAAAGGGCGUGAAAUCCAAAAGGUUCCUGUCGGCACAAAGAGCAUGCUAACAGCUCUGUUUAUCAAGCACAAGUCAGUCAAGAUGAAAAAGAUCUCAGCCAGAUGAUCCUCUUUUGCUCAUGUAAUGCCAAUGGAUGUAACUGUAUGUAGAGUAAACUCGUUUGUUCUUUUCAUCUCAGAAUCUGUAACAUGUUAUCCUGCUGAUGAUCUAAAUGUAAGAUUUCAUAACAGAAUACAUCUGUUUUGUAUGCUCUCUUGCCGUGUAAUUCUGCUUACCAGAA